CUGACAACUCCCAAUAAACCCACCACUCCCAUUCAUCUCCAUCCCUCCAACCCAGCUCCACCCUCUUUCACCCUCCCUCGCUCCUUCUCCUCUCUGCGGAUCUUACCGGGCAGCUUCGUGAGUUAAAGAAAAAACCUGCUUCGUUGAAUUGGGGUUUGUGCGCCAGGGAGGAAAAAAAGUGCCGUUAUUUUUACCAGGAUAUCUUUGUUUUUGUUCUUUUUUUCAAAAGAGUUUGUGUCAUCUGUUUAGACCAAUCUCUCCAACAGAAAGUUUCCUCUAUGAGUUUCCAGUCCGUCCCCAGUAGCACUUGAUCCCGGUGGGAAGCUGAAGAGGAGAAAAAAAAUGACGAUUCACGUCGAGGGUCUCGUGGCCAUCGUCCUCUUCUAUGUCCUGAUUCUGUUCGUGGGGAUCUGGGCCGCGUGGAAGAACAAGAACUCUGGAGUCGGUGAAAGCGGAGACCGCAGCGAGAGUAUUAUGGUCGGGGGCAGAGACAUUGGGCUGUUCGUGGGGGGAUUCACGAUGACCGCCACCUGGGUGGGUGGGGGAUAUAUAAAUGGAACAGCAGAGUAUGUCUACCUGCCAGACUACGGCCUGGCCUGGGCUCAGGCACCCUUUGGUUACGCUCUCAGCUUGGUAUUAGGUGGGCUUUUCUUUGCUAAACCAAUGCGAUCACGUGGCUACGUCACGAUGCUGGACCCUUUCCAGCAGCUCUAUGGAAAACGGAUGGGGGGACUGCUUUUCAUUCCUGCCCUCAUGGGAGAAAUCUUCUGGUCUGCUGCCAUCCUGUCUGCCCUGGGUGCCACUCUGAGUGUGAUUGUGGACAUAAACAUCAACAUGUCUGUGGUGAUCUCAGCGCUCAUAGCCAUCUUUUACACGCUCGUUGGAGGACUCUACUCCGUCGCAUACACAGAUGUGGUCCAGCUGUUCUGCAUCUUUUUGGGCUUGUGGAUCAGUGUGCCUUUUGCCCUUUCCAAUCCUGCCGUGUCAGACAUCGGGGUUUCAGCCAAGGAAGCAAUCCAUCAGUCACCCUGGCUGGGCAAGAUCAGGCCUGAAGACAACUGGCUCUGGGCCGACAACUUCUUUCUGCUGAUGUUGGGAGGGAUUCCUUGGCAGGUCUACUUUCAGCGGGUUCUUUCUGCCUCUUCAGCGACCUACGCUCAAGUUCUCUCCUUCCUCGCCGCCUUCGGCUGCCUUGUCAUGGCCGUCCCGUCCGUCCUCAUAGGAGCCAUUGGGGCUUCCACGGACUGGAAUCAAACGACUUACGGUUCCGUCGCUCCGAAGGACAAGGAUGAGUCUGACAUGAUCCUUCCCAUAGUGCUUCAGCACCUCUGCCCGCCCUACAUCUCCUUCUUUGGACUGGGAGCGGUGUCGGCAGCGGUGAUGUCAUCAGCAGACUCAUCCAUACUGUCAGCCAGCUCCAUGUUUGCCAGGAACAUUUAUCAACAAGCCUUUCGGCAGAUGGCUUCGGAUUCUGAGAUCGUUUGGGUGAUGCGCAUCACCAUCUUUGUGUUUGGAGCUCUCGCCACAGCUAUGGCGCUUUUAACUGGAUCUGUAUACGGCCUUUGGUAUUUAAGCUCCGACCUUGUCUACGUCAUCAUCUUCCCCCAACUUCUCAGUGUGUUGUUCGUCAAAGAUACCAACACAUACGGCUCCGUGGCAGCGUAUAUCUUUGGACUCUUGCUGCGCAUUGGUGGAGGGGAGCCUUACCUAAAACUGCCUCCAUUCAUCUAUUACCCCGGAUGGGUGACGGUGGAGAAGGUCCACCACAUCAGCGGAGACGUAGAGUACUUCGUCCAGCAGCGGUUCCCCUUCAAGUCUGUGUCCAUGGUGGCGUCUUUCCUAGCAAACGUGGUCUUCUCCUACCUGACAAAGUACCUAUUCGAAAGCGGCAUGCUGUCUCACAAGUACGACUUCCUGGACGCGGUCGUGUCCAAGCAUAGCAAAGAGAUCAUGGACAAGGCCACGCUGGUAAGCAAUCACGAUAACAUUAUUCUUUCAGAGAUGGCUCCGGUCAGGCAAGCCCUCGGUGCUACACUUGCUGGGACCUUCACCAACACCGAGGCCCUGAGCGACAAUGGCGAGUCAAGUCCGGAGUCCUAUCACAGCGAGAACUAGACGGCAAAACGCACAAAGAAAACUUGAACCGAGGAAUGUGAAAGGGGAAGAGAGAAUCAGUUGGUGUCCUUCAGGAAACUUGUUACUGCCACACUGUGAGCCAGAUCAGCAGAAAAGCUCUGCGGCUUCCAAGUGACUCCACAAGUUAUGUCGGCGAAUCGGUGCCUCCUCCGUUUGUUCCUAUUUCCUCUCUAGAAUCUCAUCUCUGACUCUAUAUUGUACAAAGCUCACAAUUGUUUUAGUUUUUCUGACCAUGGCUCUGUGAAUUUACAACUGUUUUAGUUUAACUGCUGCUACUGUGGUGGAGCGAUAAAGGGAAAUUGUUUUUCAAGGUUGCUGGUCUUGAAAAAUGUACAUUAGAACUAAGAAGCAGCAUUAAUGUCUGGUUGUCUUAGCUCAGGUUACGUGUGUUGAUGCACAUACAGUGCCUUGCAAAAUUAGUAAUUCCCCUUAAACGUUUGUUAAAUAUCAGUGUAUCUUGUUAGGAGUUUAUAUGAUAGACUCACAUAAAGUUGGAUCUUUAGCUGUUGCAGCUGCACGUCGUUCAGGGUAAUUUUUGGCAUAAUUCUUUGCUAAAUCACUGGUUCUGCCCAGAUUAAAUAGAGAGCAUCUGUAAACAGUUUUUUUUAUUUGACCUGCAGAUUUAGGUCUGGACUUUGGUUAUGCCAUUUGAACACAUGAAUAUAUUUUAUCUGCAUUCAGUCUACCAUGCUUCACUUUUAAUAAUCCUUUUUUUUUUUUUGCCACUCACAUUGACAGAAUUACGACGGAGUUUGAAAGCCACGCUAAGAAAAUUACGACAAUAAAAUUGUACAGGAAGAAAAGCAUAAUAUUAUGAGAAUAAAGUCUUAAUGUUACUGCUUUUUUCUUCAAUGCUAUGAUUUUCUUCUCGACAUACUAUGACUUUAUUCUGGUGAUAGGAGGUUAUUCUCAUAUUACUUCAACUUUAUUCUCAUAAUUUUAUGUCUUUAUUCUCGUACAAUUAUUUUUGUAUUUUUUCUUAUGGCUCUCAAACUUUGUCGUACAGAAUAGAUGGAUUUAUAAUGGAAUCAUAUUACACAAAAGUGGACUACUUACUAAUUUGGUAACUUCUAAUGACAUUGGGUUGCACUUGAUUUUAUUUAGGGGUGUCAGAAUACAAAUGCGUACCAGGCAUUUCAGAUUUGUAUUUAUACAAAAUAAAUUAAAAACCACAUAUCAUUUCCCUUCUUUUCAUAAUUAUGCACUACAUUUUGGUCUAUCAUAUUCAAUCCUAAUGAAAUACAACAUGAUUUGUGGUUGGAUCACAUAAAAUGUCAAAGGCUCAAGGGAUAUGAACCGCUCUCCAAGGAACUGUAGGUAUGCCUGUGAACAAAGCAGCUUUAAGCGACUGAUCCAUGAUGGUUUUGUUGAGUAGUGUUAAGUUUGCGUAGAAACUUUAUCAACAGAGCAAUAAUAUUUUAAGAAUCUUAGUUUUAUUUUCAGCCUUUUGCUGCUAAACCACUGAAUAAAUAGAGACGUGAGCUCAACAGUAGAUGUAUUUAUUGUUUUUAAUCUGGUUUUUAGACUAUUCAACCAUCAGACUGGUGCAAAGUACUAUUAUACCCAUUCAGCUUUUAAGUGUCACAGAAACUAAAUCAUUCCAGUAACUGUGGCGUCUGACGCUAGCUUUGGGGACGUCUGUUUGCUGCAACACGCUUAGCAUUGAGAUGCUAUUUUCGCCUUGUACCGUUUUAGUAAUUAUCCAACUCCUUUUUGCGUCAAAACAAUAAUUUGUUUUUGUUCUUUUAACAGAGUCCACUAAAUUGUUUUAGAAGGAAUAAUUAAUAGCCAGUGGGCCAAGAACAGCGGAUUUUCUUGUCCAUUGCUGUUAACGGACGACGCUUGUGCGUCAGAUUCAAGGGCGUACCAGAAACACAACACAAAGGUUCCAGCUUAGGACUUGUUAAGAAAACAAAA